AUGGACUCUGACGCAGAGGCCUGCAACGCAGCCCGUUGCCUGCCAAGAAGGUAUCGUCCUGCACCUACUGGGGGACAGAUGGCGUCUGUGCUCCUCCGCCUCGACAGCGACCGGCCGAAAGCUCACGCUCGCCAAUCCGAGCUAUGCGAAACCGGUUGGAAUGUAUUUCUCGACUGGCUGCUUCAACAUCCUACCAAACACGCAGCAGUCGAUCAUUUUAGAAAACAUGAACCUCGCUGGCAACAUGAGGGGAGGGCGGACAGAGAAACAAUGACGACAAACUCCACGCUAGUCGUUACAUCCCAUCUCCAGACCAAUGUGGUCCUCGAGCGGCCUGCAUCCGUGACAGACCGUGGUUACACAUCUGCCGGCACGCACGACUGGCGCUAA